AUGGCAGUGAUGCCAAAACUAUUAAAGUUCGCGACGUCCAAGUCUAACUUCUGUGCAAAGCAGUUCAUCGUCAAUCCGGAGCUACAGCGCGAGACGCUGGGAGAGAGAAAGAGAACAGAAGGAAAGGAGACAGAUGAGCAUGCGUCUCGCUCAGUUGCACGACAAGAUGGCGGCUGGGCGGGAAAUACCGAAGCAUGCCCCGACCCCGUCUCCUCGGUCGCCCAACAACUCUACAGAUGGACUGCUACCGUCUUUAAUUACAAAUCCCGAACAACAGUUGCAAGGAGUGGAUGGACCGUGUUCCAGCUCCUCGCUUUACUGACACCAAGCCCACGGCAAGACGAGGAGGUCCCUGGACUCCUUGUCAUCAGACGGGUCACCGGCCAUCGCCUGGAUGUAGACCGUCAAACCUCGGAGUGACUGAACUGUAACAAAUUACCAAAUUAGCUACCCACUAAGAAACGUCUAGUGUAUGACCAUCGAAUGCAUGUACAUAGAAGAGUGUGUAAGGAACUUAAUUUGUAAUGAUGAUGACAAAGACCCUUCAUAUUCCACGUCAGGCACCGUAAGCCUACGAUCCCAGUUGUUGAUAUUGUAAGUAAACGCUUAAUGCUUAUAAUUAGAUCGAUGAGUUUCUGGUUGCGUCAUAUGGUGAUUGAUACAUGAUCGAUAGAAGAUAA